UUUCCUGCCCUCUUGUUGGGAGGCUUCCUUUUCUCCCUGCCGUCAGCUGACUUUGAGGAAACCGAGGGACACGAAAGCUGUUGGCUCGGCAUCCAGCGCCCUCGAUAAAAAGCGGGGCCGGGGGAGGGCUGCUUCUGCCUGCCAGGUGGCAGUCGCGGAGGAAUCGUUCUCUGGACCUCCAGACCGGGAGUCUCCUUUUGUAGUGUGCGUAGCAGACCCAGACCCAGAGGCGGGAGAAAUCAAGAUGACAGAAGAGCAGAAGAAGAGUCUGCUUUGUUACCAGCGUUAUAUAGCGAAGACCCUGAAUCCUGUCUAUAUAUUGAGCUACAUGAAGGCCUGGCUCAGCGAUGAGAUUGUGGAGAAAAUCCAAAGCCUGAAGGAGACGCCUACCACUGCUGCAGAGCUUUUUCUUCAAUCAGUUGUGAAACUCACAUCAGAGGGAUGGUUCCGUGGAUUCUUGGAUGCAUUAGUCGCAGCAGGUUACACUGGCCUCCAUGAAGCCAUUGAAAAUUGGGAUUUCUGGAAGAUUGAGAGGCUGGAGCCUUACAGACAGUUUCUUGAACUAAUUGUACCCUCUUUGCGGGAAAUUGAUCUUGAUCAGAUAUUACUCAACUUGACUGAGUGUCUCAUAGACCAGGAAUGUGAAGAAAUUCGACAGAUUAAAAGAAACAGUGGAAAUGCAGCAGGUGUAGUGAAACUUACAAAAUGCCUGUGUAGGUCAGAUAAGGAAAACUGGCCAAAAACCUUCCAGCUGGCAUUGGAGCAGGCUGAAUAUUACAUCCAAAGCAACCUGUGGAAUUGGAAAGAAGGUAGUAAGGAUGGCACCAAUGUUGAAGAUGACAGUGACAGUGCCACUGCCACUGACGUCAAUAUGCAAUAUUCUGAAGAAGUACAAUCUGACAAUCUUAGCGCAAGUCCGUGUUCGCCGUCACCAGGUGCUUCUCAGCGAUCUAUUUACGUUCCAAAGGAGGCUAGAAGCUAUCAGACUGAACUUGCUCAGCCUGCUCUCAAUGGCAAACACACCAUCAUUUGUGCCCCUACUGGCUCUGGAAAGACCUUUGUGUCUAUUAUGAUAUGUGACCAUCACCUCCGUACCAUGCCUGAUGGACAAAGAGGAAAAGUGGUUUUCCUCACUACUAAAGUCCUAGUAUACGAACAACAGAAGAUGGUCUUCCAGGAGUAUUUCAAGAGAAACAACUACACUGUUGCAGGCCUAUGCGGAGAAACAGUUGCCCCUGCAGAUAUGGUUAUUGUGGGGAAUGAUAUCACUGUCAUGACGCCUCAGAUUCUUGUGAAUUGCCUUGAUGAUGGAACUCUGCCUUCCCUUUCAUUGUUUACACUGAUGAUUUUUGAUGAGUGCCACAACACAACUGGGAGUCACCCUUACAGCGUAUUAAUGUCCAAGUACUUGGACCUUAAAUUCAAGCAACCUGCACCACCACUACCUCAGAUCAUAGGAUUGACUGCUUCUCCUGGAGUUGGGAAUGCCAAGAAUCUGGAUGAGACCAUAGAACACAUCUGCAAGAUUUGUGCCAUGCUCAAUGCUGAAGUCAUUUCGACAGUCAGAGAGAACACAAAGGACCUGGAGGAAGUUGUUUAUAAGCCCCAAAAAUUCAUUAACCUUGUGGGGAAACGUCCCCAAAAUCGGUUUUUUGACAUUAUUACGCACAUGAUGUCUGAAACUGAAAGCUUGGCAAGAAAACUUUAUGCUAUAGAUGCUAUGUCCAACAUCAGUAGUAGUUGUUUCGGAACCCAGAAAUAUGAACAAUGGAUAGUUGACAUACAGAAGAAAUGCCGAGUGUUAAAGCUGCCAGACAAGGAUGAAGAAAGCCGGGUGUGCAAAGCUCUUUUUAUCUACACAGAGCAUCUUCGGAAAUAUAAUGAUGCCCUCAUUAUUAAUGAUGAUGCACGUACUCAAGACGCAUUGGCUUAUCUGAAGGAGUUCUUUGAGAAUAUCAGAAGUGGAGGAUUUGAUGAAAUAGAACAGAAGCUGGCACUGGACUUCGAAGCUAAAUUGCCAGAGCUGAAUGCAGUUUCUCAAGAUGAAUACAAUGAAAAUCCCAAAUUGGAAGACGUCACUUUUAUACUGGAAGAAGAAUACCGCAUCAACCCACAAACCCGCACUAUUCUAUUUGUUAAGACGAGAGCGCUGGUAGCUGCACUGAAGAACUGGAUAGAGGAAAGCCCCCGCCUUCGACACCUAAAGCCAGAUGUACUGAUGGGCCGUGGCAAAAGAAAUCAGAAAACAGGUAUGAUGCUCCCAAAUCAAAAGGGUGUCUUAGACUCCUUCAAAACCAAUGGGGACAGCAAGAUGCUUAUAGCGACGUCAGUUGCCGAUGAAGGGAUUGAUAUUGCUCAGUGCAACCUUGUCCUGCUGUAUGAAUAUACGGGCAAUGUCAUCAAAAUGAUACAAGUCAGGGGUCGUGGAAGAGCCAAAGACAGCAAGUGCAUCCUUGUGACUAGCAAAAACGAACAGGAGGAGAAUGAGAGAAAUAACAUGCUAAAGGAGGAGAUGAUGAACAAAGCCAUUGAGCAUGUGCAGAAGUGGGAUGAGAAGACCUUCGCACAAAAGAUAAGUGAGUUGCAGACAAUGCAGAAGAAAAUACAAGAUUCCAAAAGAAACAAACCUCAACCAAAGCUGCAGACCGGCAAACGAAGAUUGUUGUGUGGGAAGUGCAAAGCGUACGUCUGCGAUACGGAGCACAUCCGGGUGAUUGAGAAAUCCCACCACACUGUUAUAGAUGAAGGCUUUAGGAAACGGUAUAUAACAGAGCCUCAUAAGCGACCAGCUCGCUAUGACUAUUUUGAGAAAAAAUGCAAGAUGUACUGCAGUGUGGCCACAUGCCACCAUGACUGGGGAAUCACAGUGAAGUACAGGGUAUUUGAGGAUCUGCCCAUCAUCAAAAUCAAGAGCUUUUCAGUGGAGGAUAUUGUCAAGGGGAAGCAGUCUUGUUUCCGGAAAUGGAAAGAUGUUGAUUUUGCAAUGAAAGAAUUUGAUAUUGAAGAAAUGUCUGAUUGAGAUGCAAAACUGGCCAACGUACUUGUUUGACUUUUGUCCUGAAUGAACAAAGGCAUCCUGGUAUUUUCUUGUAAGUGCUGCAUUAUAUAGAGGAAGGUUAAAACUGAGUAUAUUUUGAUAUUAAUGACAUUAAAUUCUGUAUUUCAGUUAUUGCAAUUUCUGUUUGUUUGUUUUGACAUAUGCUGGACUUUUAGUACUCUUAGGAGUUCAUUAGUUGGCAUUGCUUGCUCAGACACCCUUCUGCAAAACCAUUUUUUAAAAUACCCCACAACUUGGUAGGUUGAUUUGAACCUCAUGGUACUUGACACACAUAAAAAUUAGUGUAAAGUUAUUGAAACAGACUAUAGCAGUGGUUCUUAACCUCUUUGGGGUCAUGUGCCCCUUUGAGAAUCCAAGCUAUGGACCUCCUGCCCAUAAAAAUGCACAUAAGCACAAUUUAGCAAGUAGCAGGAAGGAAACUGAAGAAAAUUUCCUUUUUUAAGACUCCCUGGACUAUCGCUCUCCCCUAUACACAUGUCUGCAAUUGUGGUGUACGGCUCCCUUUGUGUGAUUUGGCAACAUUAAAUGUUUACUUGAAUCUUGA